UAACAGAAAAUUUCCGUUUAGUUUUCUUAAAAUUUCUUCAGAAAAUGGCUACAAAACGGGCAUUCAACAUUCUCGAGCAGCGGCACGCAAACGAGAAUCAACACAUCGGCAAAACACCGUUGGCGGGUAAAAACGAAACUCGUUUUCCGCAUAAGUUAGCAUUGAAAGAUCUUACAAACAAUUCUUCAUCGCGAUCUAAUGUGAUCAGUAAAACUCCCCAAAAUGUGAAUCCUAAAAAAGGACUACAGGCGAAGCCUUUCACUUCAUCAACUUUAAGUCACAAAAAGUUGUCGGAAAGUGGUCCAAAGCAGCAAACAUCCACAAACAAAAAAGAAUUUUCAGCGGCAGCUUUUAGUAUUUUCACACCCCAGGAUGCGGAAUAUAGAUUUUCGGAAAAGGCUUGUCUGCGGGAAGAUUUACUAGAGCAGAUGAUCGAAUUCAGCGGGGAGGUGUACCGUCCGACCAUCAAGCCAAUGAGACCACUGCGAGUUGAACCGCUAGACUUACCGGAACUAGAGAUUCCGCAAGUAAAGAAAGAACGUCCGCAACCCGCGAUGGCCAGAAAUUUGCUGUUUGAUCUGCCCGAGGUGGAAAUACCGGACCUCGACUUUAUGUUUUAAAUAUACCCCUACGUACAUGAUAUUGAGACAAGACUUGUAAAAUGUAUUUUUUAAGGUUUGCUAUAAUAUUUCUUUCGACUUUCCUAUUGAUUCAAUAAUUAUUGUUUCUAAUUGAUAUAAAUGAAUUCCUAAAUUGUAUGAGGAACUUGUUAUGUGUGGUAGUAAUUGACUAUGAUCACAUGUAGCAAAAAGUUCACCUAAUACAAAUUAGUUAUAUUGU